CUGUUUCAGUUUGACAUUGCCGAAGAAGCCAGUGUGAUCAUCACCAGUGCCUCUUUGUUGAUGAUUUCCCCUUGUUUUCCACUCAUUCGGACCUGAUCUGACGGGCCCCCCCAAUGGAUUAGAGAGGAGGCCACGGUGCACAUACAUGGCCCGUGUGUGUUUGUGGCUGCUGUGUGUCCUGAGUGUCCGGGUGGGCAAGGGCGACCAUUCCCACCUGGACCAGCAAAAUCACCAUUCAGGAAGAGCCUCAGAUCUGUGCGCAAUGGAUCAGCAGCUGUGCGAGGACGAAAAUGCCUUGUUGAGUUUCGAGGCCAUCUGCAGCAUCCACAAACAAAUGGACGAUGACGCCGAUGGCACGGUGGACGCGGCCGAAACGGACGGGUUCCUGCGAGAGGAUCUCAAGUAUCGCGACCCAAAAGCCAAGCACAGCAGCUUCCACCGUGCAGACCUGCACAUUAGCGUCGAGGACAUGUGGGAUGCCUGGAAGAACUCAGAGGUGUAUAACUGGACAGGUGAGCAGGUGGAGGAGUGGCUGCAGCUCAGCGUGGAGCUCCCCCAGUACGCCGAAACAUUCCGAAAACACGGACUGGACGGCAAGGCGUUACCAAGGCUGGCGGUGAAGAACACGACCCUGACCGGGUUGGUGUUGAAAAUCUUUGAGCGUAGUCACGCUCAGAAGCUCCAGCUAAAGGCACUGGAUACUGUGCUGUUUGGACCGCCGCCAGUAGGGCGUCAGAACCGGUGGAAGGACCUUGUUCUGGGCGUGUCCAUCCUCGCGGCGCUGGGCGGCUGCUGGUUUGCUUAUGUCCAGACGAGGCGGUCCAGGGACGACCUGGGCAAGUUGAUGAAAGACUUGGAGGGUCUUCAGAGGGCAGAGCAGAGCCUGUUGGACAUGCAGGAGAAGCUGCAAAAGGCCCAGGAGGAUCAGCGCUGUGUUCAGGUGGAGAAAGUGAAGGUGGAGGAGGAGCUGAGGAAUGAGAUCAACACGGCCAAGCAGGAAGCCCAGCGGCUCAGAGAUCUCCGCCAGGGGACCGAGAACGAGAGAAGUCGCCAGAAGUAUGCGGAGGAAGAGCUGGAGCAGGUGAGGACGGCGCUGAAAAAGGCGGAGAGCGAGCUGGAAUCGCGGGCUCACUGGUCGCCGCCGGACGUACUGCAGACGUGGCUGCAACUGACACACGAGAUAGAAGUUCAGUACUACAACAUCAAGAAGCAGAGUGCAGAGAGGCAGCUGCUGCAAGCCAGAGACGGAGCCGAGAAGAUCAAGAAGAAGAGGAGUUCUCUAUUUGGGACAUUUCAUGUGGCUCACAGCUCCUCGUUAGAUGACGUCGACCACAAAAUCCUUUCUGCCAAACAAGCCCUGGGCGAUGUGACGGCUGCACUGCGAGAGAAGCUGCACCGCUGGCAGAACAUCGAGUCCCUGACGGGUUUCUGUCUGGUCACUAAUCCGGGUCUGGGGGCACUGGCGGCCGCCCUUAAUUUGGACCCGUCCUUCCUGGGCUUGCGACCGGCAACGCCGCAGCACCUCCUCCUGUCGGACGACCUGGAUGACAUGGACGAGGACAUCUUGUCACCGGGGACGCUCAAAUAUGCAGCCUGGCAGAUGGACCGACGAGUGAGCGACCUCUGGCCACUGAGCACCAUAGCGGACAACCAAUCACCGUGGAAGCUCUCCGCUCAGGGUCUGAUGCCCAUGCAGCAAAGGAUGGGAGACCCCACUAUGAUGUUCAGCUCUCAGAGGGACAUUAUGGAUCGCUCCGACUCGGACUCCCCCCUGCCACACUCUCACAGCGAAUCACGAAGCCCGUACGGCUCCAAGACCCUCUUCUUGCCCAAUAGGCUUCAGCCCCUGCAAGGUCAGAGUCCCAGGAUGAGAGGAGGAGGAGGAGGGAUAGGAGGAGGCCUGGAGAAGAGCUCAAGCCUCGGGGAGCUGAGGGGCACCUCCGCCGCCGUCCUCGCCUCCUCCUGCUCCACUCGAUCGCUGUGCAUCUCGGCCGACACCGCCGACAGCCCCGUCCUCUUCUCGGCCGUCCACACGCCCCCGAGGUGGAGCCCCGUGGAGGACGGUCGCGAGGAGGGCGAGGCGUCGGGGGGCGGCCGUCGCAGAAACGCCUUCAAUAAAAUCUUCAAGAAGAAGAAAUGACAUCACUGAAGGCAGACUGUUCACAAACUCUCACUCUCUACUAGUUGGUGGCAAAACAGUACCUUCACAAAACCUCCCC